CCAAAAGAAAAGAAAGAAUGAGUCAUAUGCUUCACCAGCUCUGAUUGUUCUUCUCCUUCCCCUUAUUAUCAUGCCCUUCCCAAUUUUCAUCUCCGUCCUCCUUAAAUUCUGAUUUUUUUUCCUUCUUCUUUGCAAAAAUUCAAAAAAAAAAAAAAAAAGGAAUUAAGAGGGACCCUUUUGUGUGGGUCGGAUCUCGUACUUGACAAAAACUAUCACAUCUAAAACACACUUCCAUUCUCAUCUGCACCCAAAAAAAGAAAAAAAAACUUACAACUUUCAUGAUCCGUCUUUGAAGGUUACAACUUUCUCGAUCUAGAAUUCUAGUUUUGUCACUUCCUCUGUUCCAUUCACCAUUUAUUUGGGCUAGAGAGUUCGACCAUGGAAUGUGGCAUUCUUCAACCAGAUACAAGGACCCAUGUGAAGAAAACUGAGAUUUCAAGUGAAGAAGUUAGUAGGAAACUCAAGAGUGAUGAUCAAAGUGUUAGAAUGAGCCAGAAAAAUUCAGGGUCUGAUUUAGCUGCUAAUUAUGUGCUUAGAGAGAAUCCCAAGAAGACAAAGAGGUUUGGAGAUUCAAAGGAACAAAAGGUUUGCAAAGAAUGCGGCAAAGGGUUUCAAUCUUUGAAAGCGCUUUGUGGUCACAUGGCUUCUCACUCGGACAAGGACAAAAUGGUGAAGAAAUUUCAGGAGCAGAAGCUGGUAAUGGAUGGUCACUCAGAUACGGAGACCUCAGGACCAAGGCAGAAAAGAAGGGUUUCUAAUAAGAGAAUUAUUAGGUACAAGAAUCUUGAUGUUUACUCUGGCUCUUCUUCUGUCUCGGGAAUCGAGCAGGAGCAACAAGAGGUGGCUAUAAGCUUGAUGUUGUUGUCUAGGGAUUCUGGUUACAAAGGAGGUUUGGAUUUGAAUUUGAAUUCUCUUGCGGAUUCUUCAGAUAACAACUCAGUGGUUUUGGAGGCCAAAUCGUCUUCUAUUGAUAUGAAUAUGAACAAAGUCGCCAACUUUGACGAGGAGAAGUUGAAAUCUGGUGUUGGGGCUAGUGUUUCUGAGAAUUCUGAUUCUGGGUAUUUCAGAAAUGGGCCAAAGAAGAUUGAAUCUGAUGUUUCUGUUGAUGGGUUUCUCAAGAAUGGGGAGUUUAGGAAGCUGGAAGUAGAAUCAGGAUCUGGGAUUGGUGCCAAUAAGUUAGGGAUUAGUGAUGAAAAAUCUGGUCAAUUGGGAAAGAGAAUAUUGGUGGAUGAGGAAGAGAAAGAUGAAGAGAAUUGUAGAGGCUCUUCUAAGUAUGAGUUGAGAAAGAGAACCAAGAAUGGGCUCUAUAGAGGUGAAGCUUUGAUGGAGUCUUGCAAGGAUGAGUCUAAUUAUGCUUUCAAAAGUGAAAUAUGCAGAAAUUUUGAGAAGAGAAGCAAAUAUGAGUGUUUGACUUGUAACAAGACUUUCAAGUCUCAUAGAGCUCUUGGGGGACACAGAGCAAACCAUAGUAAGAUCAAUGGCUGCUGCGAACCGAUAUGCGAGAGCGGUGAGAACAACAUAGAAAAUGAUAACAGCACACCUGAGGAGGCCAAGAUCAUUGAGAAUGGUGCUGGGAAAACCCCAAUCAGAGAGGAUUUCAUUGAGAGGAAAUCGGGUUCGAAAAAGAGCAGGGGGCAUGAGUGCCCAAUAUGCUUCAGAAUGUUCAAGUCAGGCCAAGCUUUAGGUGGUCACAAGAGGUCCCAUUUUGUUGGAGGUCGUGAAGCAAAUAGUACUAUGGUGAUCAGAGAGGAAGAACCCCCUGAGGCUGAGAUAACAGUACUUUUUGAUCUAAAUCUUCCGGCCCCGAUGGAGGAAGACAACAAUGAGGAUGUUGAAUUCAUGGCAUGGUAGGUUCAGCGACACAACAAGAAUGAGCUUUAAUUUUGUGGUUUAAUUCUUACUUAGAAGUGCCUUUUUUUUUUAUUGUUUCCUGAUGAAAGUUCAUUUCAGGAUUGUAUAGACUAGUCUUUUUUGUUCUCCAACAAUGUCUUCACAGAGAUCAUGAUGGUUUCAGUUUCUUGUUCAUUGUUUUCAUUUUGGUUCUGUUUGAU